AUGGAUAUUUUAUUAGAAGCAAGUGACUACUAUGUCUUUGACAAGGUUUAUGCAAAGUUAUUACCAAAAACCAACAAUAAUUUAACUGUCUAUGAUUCUAACUAUAAUUUCGGUAAUACUUUUAAUUUGAUCUCAAGUCAGUUGAGUAAACUUCAAACCAUCGAUGAAGUCUAUGGAAUGCCAAAAGUAUUCCCAGCUACUGAAUUUAUCGAUGCUUCAUGGUUAUGUAGAUCAAAUAUUGUUAGAGAAUUUCUCACAAUGACAGUUUUAUUAACAAUCGCUGGGUGGUUAGCUUAUUUCUCCGUUGCUACAUUAGCUUAUUUCACUAUCUUUGAUAAAAAAAUAUUCAAUCAUCCAAGAUACUUGAAAAAUCAAAUUUCAUUAGAAAUUCACAGAGCUUUCACUGCUAUCCCAGUGAUGGUUUUAUUAACAGUUCCUUUAGUAUUAUUAGAAUUAAAAGGUUAUUCAAAAUUACAUGGUAGUUUAAGUGAUGUCUUUGAUGAUAAAAAAUUAUUAAUUUUCCAAUCUAUUUCAUUUAUUAUGUUUACUGAUUGUGGUAUUUACUUCAUCCACAGAUGGUUACAUGUUCCAUGGGUUUAUAAAUUAUUACAUAAACCUCAUCAUAAAUGGAUUGUUUGUACACCAUUUGCUUCACAUGCUUUCCAUCCUGUUGAUGGUUGGUUCCAAUCAUUACCUUACCAUUUAUAUCCUUUACUUUUCCCACUUCAUAAGGUUUUAUAUUUGGGUUUAUUCACUUUUGUUAACUUCUGGACAGUCAUGAUCCAUGAUGGAGCUUAUUUCUCCAAUGAUCCAGUUGUCAAUGGUACUGCUUGUCACACUGUUCAUCACUUAUAUUUCAAUUAUAAUUACGGUCAAUUCACUACCUUAUGGGAUAGAUUAGGUAGAAGUUAUAGAAGACCUGACGAUUCUUUAUUUAUCAGAAACAAUAAAGAAGAGAAAAAACAAUGGGACGAUCAAGUCAAAGGAAUGGAAGAAAUCAGAAUUGUUUUAGAAGGUAAGGACGAUAGAUCUUAUUCUUGA